AUGUCGGGGAGUCUCUCGCUGUGCAAGAAAUGCCACGGCACGCUAAGUUUACUGAAAUUGUCUGCAGUGACCACUCCUCAUCAUGCUUCGGCUGGUGAUCUGUUGGCCGCAGCGGAUCGCGGGUGCCCAGUAUGCAAGACAGUGGUGCAGCGACUUCUUGAUCUGUUCGGUAGCAAAGACCUUCCUACCGAGAUCCCCACGAAAGAUGCGGAUAAUCAACCGACUCGGGGCUACACCUAUUCGAUCCUGAGUGCAAGCUACGUUGACGAUGGCGGAGAAUAUUUCAAUGGACGUCAAUGGCUCUAUGAGUUCGAAAUACGCUCUCCCGCCGUUCUUUUGGUGCGACCUGACGACCGACGAUGUGUGGUGUUGGAACUUAGCUUUGGGAGAGUGAAUGCCUUCUCUUCGUUGCCCCCCUCCAUUCGCCACCAUAACACGGGGUCAGAAGCAUGUGUGGCUCGCAUGGUACAAUGGCUCCAGGACUGUCUGCAACACCACCCGAAGUGCCAGGCGCGCGAAUCGGCCGCCCCCUGGUACCCUACACGGCUCGUUGACGUGGGUCGCGAGAAUGACCGUGUGGUCAAGCUCGUCAUAAGUAAAUCUGCGCAACUGAAAGGCCCAUACGUCACCCUUAGCCACAAAUGGGGUCAUGGGCCCCGAUUUGCACUGACAGCGUCUCUUCUUCAAGACUUUCAGACUGGGAUUGCACUUGAUCGACUCCCCAAGACGUUUAGGGAGGCUGUGGUGCUCACUCGGUGCCUCGGCAUGAGGUACUUGUGGAUUGACUCCCUUUGCAUCAUUCAGGCUUCGGAAGACGAUUGGAACUUCGAGUCGUUGCAAAUGGAGAAGGUUUACAGCAAUUGUCGCCUGAAUAUUGCUGCCACGGCUUCUCUUGAUACGGGCGGCGGCCUAUUCCGGACGAGACAAGCCGACAAAUGCUGGCCAUGUUUUGGAUUUUUCAGCACUGGCCUCGUUUCGAGAAAACGCUGGCUCCUCAGAGAGAACGAUGUCCUUGAGAAAGAAAUCGAGCAAGCGCCCCUCAACUAUCGCGCAUGGGUUCUCCAGGAACGAUUACUAGCUCCUCGGGUUCUGCACUUCGGCAAGUCUCAGCUCUUCUGGCAGUGCGACACGCUAGAUGCCUGUGAGUCGUUUCCCAAAGGCCUUCCCGUUGCGUGGGGAAGUAGCAAUCCGAUUGGCAAGAGUCUUGAUCCAGCCAGAUUUGCAGAAAGAGAGAGGGAUGCCGCACUGAAUGGGGUGGUCAAUAGGAGGCUUGAAGAAAGAGACAUUUAUCAUGUUUGGAACGCAAUUGUCCAGCAGUAUACGAAAUGCGGAAUAACUGAGCCAAAAGAUAAACUGGUCGCCAUCGCCGGGAUUGCGAAGCGGAUCGCAUCGACUACUGGCGAUGAAUACCUCGCCGGUUUAUGGCGGUCGAGAAUUACAGAAUCCCUACUGUGGCGGGCGGAUGGCUCUGUGUCAUGCCGCCUGCAACAGUAUCGAGCCCCGUCUUGGUCUUGGGCAUCUAUCGAAGGGAACAUAUCGCACGUGUUGGACGAGUUCAUUGAAAGCGCUGAAAAGGUAGAUCUCUUGAAAGAAAGGGUGAAGGAAGCUCGCGUCAAUCCAAAAGUCGAUGGAGAUGUCUUUGGCCAAGUGGAUUCGGGCUAUAUUGCCUUCUCAGACGUAACGCUGCUGGAACCUGUGGAACUUCGAGCAACCGCAAAGUCUGUGGCCAUCCAUGGUAUGUCUGAGGAUUAUCUACGGUGCGACUUGCACACGGACUUGCCAUGCGAACCCGUGGUGAAGAAUCUGAGCCUCUUACCAGCCUUUAUAGCUUGGGGCGGGUCUUUAAUUUGUCUCAUCCUCAAACCCAGCACACAGGCAGGUGCCAAUGUGUACGGACGGUUUGGAGUCGUCGUCUUUGGAGGAAUGGGCAAUGCGGCGUAUGUCGAAGAACAUGGUUACCUGCGCCGUCACCUGAACCCUGAUGCCCCGCCUAGGGCGGUUAUUACAAGUAUUACUCUAGUUUAG